GUGACCUUUGGCGAAAGCAUCCACCCGCUCGAUCGAUCGAAGGAGAAUGAGCGACGCAGAUUCGAAGACGACGCCGCGGAGUUCGCGCGGGUCCGUCAAAGGGGCCAAAGAGGAUAAGGAUGACAUGGAGCUUGAUAUGCAAGACAUGAACUCUGACGACAAAGGGGCGCCACCCAAGCGAAUGAGUGGAUGGGGUGAUAUCACGCAUCCAGAAACCACGAAAUCCACCGUGUCGGCCGCGGACGGCGGUGGAGAAGGUACAGAAACCAAGCGAGGGCGGCGGCGAAAGGAAGAGAAAGCGGAGGCAGCCAAGCCGAAAAACAAACACUUCGAUGACGAUGGAGAAGCAACUGAGCUGAUGGAAAUACCGGAUCUGGAGGAAGAGGAGCGAGAGCCUGACAUCACAACUCAAAUCGCCGACGCCCCCCGCAACACGACCCGCGUCGUGCAAUCCCUCAAGGAGCUCGAGCGCGACGUCAAGUACUCUCUGCCGACCACCGCCGGCGUGGACCUCACCAUUCUCACGAGCUUUCUCUGUCCUCAAAAAGCAGUUCAAGAAGACGACGACGCAUGGGACUUUGACUCGCUUCUUCGUGAUGUGUUUCAAGAUGUGCAGAAGGAGCAAGAAGAGAAAGAUAACCAAGAGGAAGCGGACGUGAAUACCCCGUUCGCGUCGUCUGGCAAAGCUUCCGUCGCACCAUAAACAUCACAGCAGUAGACGAUGGUGAUCGCAUUACUUUUUGUCCUUCACCACGACAAACUUGUGCUCGAUCGAGUAAAUCCCAACAGCCUGCUCGCCAUCUUCGUCGUAUUCCGACCAGUCUUCCGCCAAGUUGACGUCGCGGAACACAGCUGUACCACCGGCGGACGUGAGAGUGUACCCGCCUUCGGGGUACCAUGCAACCGGCUCGAGGCCGCGGCAGUCAAAACCCACGACAGGAACGAAUUCGCCCGAGUCGGCUCCCGUGAUGGGGCGCGUGAGCUUCUUCACGUCGCGGAUGAUCGUCAACUGGCUUUCCUUCUUCGCUCCUGGCCAUUUCAUGAGGAAAUGCGCUUCACCGCGGCCCCCAGGCACGUCCACGAGCUCGUCGUCGCAGACCCACACGCCUUCACGCUUUUCUUCACUCGUGGGUUCUUUGAUGUCCAAGCACCAACGGUGGUUCACGGGAAACUCCCACAGAUCAAUCGCGUCCAAGUCCGCCUUCACAUAUAGCACGAACAGCACCAUCGCAUGCACUUCCUUCUUCGCAG